UUCCGCGUGUGCGUAACCGUUUAAUUUUAUUUGUCGUAAAUCCACAUAGAAUACGGUUCUAUCCAGACGCGUGUUUUUCACGUGGUGUGAUGUUUUGUGUUAGGUAAACAAAAGCGUCUACUCACGCGAUCGAUUCGAACGUCGUCGCCAAUGCUCUGCGUGAGAGUUUGUCGUCGUUUGGUAUGUGUGCGCGGUACGUGUGAAUAAAUUUAUUUUCGAAAAACUAAAUAAAUGCAGUUGAGAUCGUCGCAAACACGUGUGGCGUCGUCAACGGGAUCCACGUGGUGUUCCUCAACUGGUGGAGGAAGCAAACUGCUAACAGCACGAUGACCGAUGAACAGGUGCAGCGGUCAAGUUCCCCCGGGUUCACUGCCAUCCGAGUGGAACCGGACGAUGCCAGUCCAUGUUGUUCAUCUUCCUCGGUUGUGACCAUCGCGGCCAGAGAGGCUGCCUCAGUGUUUGUGAGUUCAUCGGUGUUUAAUAAUCGUGAAGGAAAUGGCAUCAAUAACGCUAAUGACAGUGGGGGUGGCAAUGGGCGUGCGGAAUGUAGCGGAUGUCGGCGACGAAAACCCACGGCGGUCGACCAGCUUCAUCUACAACCCCUUCAGCAUCGAAGACGACGAUCGGAGGAAGAUCAGAAAAAUGCUCCGAGACUCGAAGCCGAGACCGCCGAUAUCAAGAGUUCCUGUCUCAGGGACUGUCUGCUGUGUAAAUGCUGUAUUAAAAGUGGAAUGGAAGAAUCAACCGCAACGGUCGACAGCGAGGAUAAUGCAUUCGAGAAUUGCGAGCUCGAAGAGAUCGUAUCCCCACCAAAGUACCGUCCGGAAUCGAUAGCGGCCCUCUGUGCGGCAACCCGAUUCACCGAGGCCGAAAUCAAGCGCAUCUACCGGGGCUUCAAGGCGGAAUGUCCGGCGGGUAUCAUCCGAGAGGAAACGUUCAAGUUCAUCUACUCCCAAUUCUUUCCCCAGGGAGCUAAUACAGGUCUUUAUGCCCAUUAUGUGUUCAAUACUUUAGAUAAGGAGCACACAGGAAUACUCAGUUUUGAGAACUUUGUACAGGGUCUUUCUAUACUGUCCCGGGGUUCGCUUGAGGAGAAGCUCAGCUGGACCUUUUCGCUGUACGACAUCAACCACGAUGGGAAAAUAACCCGAGAGGAAAUGACUGACAUAGUGACCGCCGUUUAUGAACUGAUGGGCGCCCGGGAGGAUGGCGGUUCCGAUGAGACCCUGAUCAAAAGCAAGGUCGAGCAAAUAUUUGAGAAAAUGGACGCCAACCACGACGGGGUGAUAACGAUAGAAGAGUUCCUGGACUGCUGCCGGAAGGAUAAGCUCAUCUCGGAUUCGAUGGGGAUUUUCGACUCAGCCAUAUGACCUUCGGAGAAGCUGCAUUCCCUGCCGGCGUUCGUCGUAGGCCAAUGCGAUGAUAAUGCUGAUACCACCGACAGUUUGCACGGCCACAGACAGCAGCCGCCGGAAUAUACAUGCAACGGGGGACGGACGGAAGACAUCCUCAAGACUACCCGUGUUCCUAAAUCACAUUCGUCAGCCAACAGUAAUAUCACCAGCAGCAGCAACAAUAAUCCGCCAAAUAAAUCAGCCCGUGCAAGCAAUCGUAAGCAAUCAAUCCUGAUGAACGGCCGCUCGAAGCAAAAGUCCAACAGCUUCCGGUACCAUCAUCUGCACCAUCAUCGUGAUCACCAUCAGCUCAAACACUACCACAUUCCCCUCGAUACGUAUCAACAGCAAUCGACAGCAGCAAGGCUUCCGUACGUCCAGGCCGCGGGUCCACCCGGAACCGCUACUAGCAACAACCCUCGGAGAACUUCGCAAUCCUCAGCACCCGCGACCGGAUACUACUGCACCAGUGAGUAUCCACCGCAGAUGACGGGCGGAAUUGCCACCAUUACCCCACUAGCCACCGGACAAUGCCGCCCGUUAGAGAUGUCCGACUGUCCACCAACAUCCCGGGAACUUCCCACCCUGGUCAAGGUCAAGGCCUGGUACACGGUCUCCAAGCAAGGUUUGACCUACUAGGCAUCCCUAAUUAUGAUGAAUCUACACAUAUGCAUCAAACUAUUUAGCAAAUUGUUGAACAACUUCAGCUACCACUAUUUGGAACGACUAGCUUUAAACAACACGAACGUAAAAAAAAAAACGUACAGAUUUUCUAGCAAGUUUUGACUGGCGGCGGCAGCGACGCAACUUUGUAUACAGUUGUUUGUAUGCAGUUCCCUUAGCCCACACACAACCACAACAAAAACCAAGAAUAAAAAAAAAUCAAAAAUCUUUACUGCAAUCGAAACUCGAUCAAGCUCUUAUCGUUGUUGAAAAUAAAGAACAAAAUGCAUCUAUAUCUGAGAUUGGAAUUAUUUUUGGAACAAUUUUGAUUUAGCUUUGAAAUUAAUGAGAAUAAAAAUUUUGUUGUGACCUUCAGAGUAGGUACCAUUUCAAUAAAAUUUGAAAGACAUUUCACAGUGUUUAUCUGUAUGUUGUUUUCAGACAAACAGAAAUUUUAAUCUGAAAAUUUGAAGCGUUUUUACAAUACAUGUUUACUUGACACUAUCACCUAACGAAUACUUUUGACCAGAUAUUCAUUAAGACUGGAAGAACUUCUUUUUUCGGAUAAAACCUAUUAACCCGUUUUAAGGGGAACUCAGCCUGAUAACACUUCUAGUGGAUGAAAAUAACCCCUUAUUCCUCAAAUCAUAAGUACUCCUUACUUGAAAAACUUGCGUAUGCACAGUGGUCAAAAAUGUGAAAAACGUGAUCGUUGCUUGUAACUUUUUUGUUAACAAUUUAUUAGAGAUGUACCGAAUAGUGGUAUUCGGCGAACGGCCAAAUACCGAAUAUUGACCUUUUCAACUAUUCGGCCAAACAAAUAUUCGGUCGAAUAUUCUGUUGAGUUUUCAAUAGAAAUACUUCUAUUUCUACUGCUUUUUCUAAUAAAAAUUUGCUAUUUCUGCCAUCUUAAUGUCCUCAUGUUUUUAAGUCGAUUAUUUCUAACCAGAUGUAUCCAAUCUUUUUUAAAUAGAGGUCUCUUUGAUUUUCAAAAUGUCAUUAGCUGAAAGGACAUCAGAUGACUUGUCGCUUCUAGGACGUUUAUCUCAAAAGGUAUUGGAUUCCAGUGAAAUAUUGGACAAAACAUGUCAAAACAGGUGAUUAACCUAUUAGCGUUUUUUUAUAUCGAAUUAGAUAAAUGUCUAAUUUUUGCAAGAUGUCAUCAAAAUAGUUGCCGAAAAGAACGAUGAUCUUCAACCUUAAGCAUACAAUACUUUCUACGAAACGAACGAUUUUUUUUUUGAAAACUUGUGAAAAAAGGGAAAAUGUAUUAUUCUCAAUCAUACAAGAGGAAAAAGAAAUAAAAUUACUUGAAAUUUAAAGUUUUCAUCGAAUUACAACAGCAGUGUUCAAAUGGUAUCAAACGAAUAGAUUUACUCCAAAAAAUCGAUUAGUAACAGAAAAUUUCAAAAUUUUCAAAGAGGUAUUUGAUUUUUUUUAUUUGAUUCGGAAAAAAUCUGAAUGAACCCGGGUAAAAUCCGGAAAGUUUAAAAAAAUUGUGGCUAUGCCGGUCAGAUUUAACUAUUCUCGAAUUCUUUAUUUGCUUUAACGAUAAUCAAAGUAUGAAGCUAUCUACAGUGAAAAAUACACGAAUACAUCAAAAUGUUCAACUGAAACCAUAAGUUUAUGAUGAUUUUGAAGGUUUUUCAACAAUACUUUUGGAUAUUUCAUAAAUUAUCCAACAUUUCUUGAAAAAUUUGAGAAGUCAAUUUUUGUAAAAAAUUUAAAACAUAAAUAUUCGGCCUAUUCGGCCGAAUACCUAGCUCAACUAUUCGGUGAGCCGAAUAUUCGGCUUAACGGUUUUUUGCCAGCAUUCGGCGCCGAAUAUUCGGUACAUCUCUACAAUUUAUCUUCUAGGUGUCUUCGAAGGAGUUUCACAGUAGAAUGAGUUCUACACGGUGAAAAAUUGUGUGGCUAUUUCAAAAAUGUUGUCAUGAUAAUCUUACUAUUUCUGCGUUAUAGUAUUUUCAACCACGGCAUAGUAUAACAUUGAUUUAGUAAAAGUGCGCAUGAAACAUUGAUGCAAUUGCUAUGUACCUGGUAAUUUUCGACAACUCUCAAUAUUUGUCGUAGAAAACACUAUAAUACGAUAAUUUCAUUAUAAUUUCUAGUUGCAUAGUAAUUUAGACAUUGUGAAGAACAAAACACAUUUGACUCAAAAACAUCAGUGCGUAAGAUAAUUUUAGUAUGGUAAAAAUUCUUGUUGUUUAGAAGGAGAUUUCCGAACUGACAUUUCAGUACCGCACUGACGUUUUGGUACCAAAAUGCCAUUGAAAUCAAAGGGAAACUGACGUUGUGGUUCCAAAAAGUCGGUACGGUCCGUUUGUAUGUGAUUUGACAGUUGCUUCAGUCCUUUGGUUUAUACUAAUUAACGAUCAUUAAGCAUAAAUCCCGUGGGUAAACAAAUAAAUUUAGGGCUGCAUUUAAAUUCAAUAACUUCGAAAAAUCUUUCCAGAGCAUCGGGAGAACACAGUAACAAUGGCCGGCGUUUGUCGGAAGUGUGAAUUUUUAUUUUUCAUCAUAACACAUACCACUUUUAUCAUGAAACAUAUCAAUUUUAGUACGCACGAAGUAAAACAAUGCAUCCUUUCAUUGACAAUUUUACUAAAACACAGUCGAAUUUAAUAUGGGCAGCAAAAUUCAGCACAUGGUGCGUUUGGUAUUUUGAACAACAAACAUAUUUGGCUCAAAAAUAUGGUUGCUCGUUGUUCAUUUAAACCACGGAGUUUUACUAUGCUUUUUUUUAAUGUAUAAGAAAAAGUUAAGAAUUUUUCUAUUGUUUCCCCUAUAAGUGAGAUAAAAAACUAACUUUUAGAUCGUUUCACACAGGGGAAAACGAUGUAAAAAGGUGUUCAAAUUGUUUACGCCAAAAUGGAGCGUUUUAGACCCUUAGUGUCUUCGGGACAUUUUACCUACAUUAAAAGCACUUUAAAAUGAGAUUUUGAAAAAAUUGAUUCAAUCACCUAGCAGUAAGAUAGAAAAAUUAUUUUUUGUAAUUUUCAUUUUAGAGCAAUUAUGUCUUUGGCAAGUUUUUAGAUUGUAAAAAAUUUAGUAAUUUUGUUGGAAACGUCAACUUCGUAGAAGCUAACUCAAAAAAGUUAGAAGGGUUCAAAAUAAAAAAAUAUUUUUUUGGUCAAAACUUUCAGCAUUUUAACGAUAUCUUUUCAGGCCGAGCUUAUUCAAGCAAAAUAUGUUUAAAAGAGUUUUGAGUCACUCAAAAUCAAACAGUUUUGUCGAACACACUUAAUAAAAAUAUUUAGACUGAAACGAAUUAGAUUGGAAAAACUAAGAAAAAAUAGCUGUUUUCGAACACCUGUAUCUUUCUAGUUCGGAUGAGUUCGGUUCAUUUUUCGGCUGCAUAAGAAUAAGGCAGGUUUCAACGUUAUAAAAACAUGGAGUUUACAACGUUAUGUUGUUUAUUUUGUAUCUUUAUAAAUGAUUAAAGUUAGCUAUUUUCAAGGAAUCUAGAGGUCAUUUUUUUUUUGCAUUUAAAAUUAGCUGACCGAAAAUCAAUCUAGUCAAAUAUAUUGUAUUCUAAGCGAAAAGAUAGAUAGUAAGGUUCGUUAAUGGAGGCUUAAAAACGUCAUACGCGAGCGAGAGAAUGAUUUGGCUAAAGUUUAAGCAAAAUAAAAACGGUUGCUAAUUGUCAGUUUAAACACACUUGGAAUUUGUCCUCUAGAUUCCUUGAAAAUAGCUAACUCGCUUGAAUACAAAUGGAUACACACAAUUUUUACAGUCUCCCAUAGACAAAACCUUGAUGAUCGAUUUGCAUAUAGUGCAAACUGCGGAAAGUUACCAAUUAUUUGUAAACUUGAGGAUGAAAUAGCACUAUUUUUAUGCAUUUUCUCAAUAUUGCUCUAAAAGCUUACAAUUAACUAACUUACAAUAUUCAUCAAAUAUGUAUUUUAUUAUUUAAACAACUUUGUAGAAUGUUUGAAGAUUCUAAAAUUUCCAGAAAAAAAAAAACAACUUUACAACUCAAAAGAUGAAUGUUUUAGAAACUCGACGUUCAAGUCAAAUUUCAUAAAUUUGUAUUUUGAAUAAGUAAGUUGGAAACAGCAAAGUGAUUGGGUCUACGGUCUAAAAGUUUCAUAAAACAUUUUCUCAUAGAGCUCAUCCUACUGUAAAACUUCUUCGAAAACGAAGAUCAAAUGUAAAACAAAAAAAUUAUAAGCAACGAUCACAUUUAUCGCAUUUUUGACCCCUGUGGCAUGGUGGCCGUUUACAGGAACUGUUAAUGGAAUGUUUGUUUGCUAGGAAAUAAUUUAUACUCAAAUGACUUGUUUAUUUUUCUAUUUAUUAAAAUGUUGAAAAAUUUCAAGCUUAAAUACAUUUUUAUGACAUUUUCACAAUUUUUAAAAGUAUCGAGCUUUUAGAAAUAAGGGGUAAUAUUGAACCGACAAAAUAACCCGUUAUUUGACAGAUUGCGGAGGUUCUCAAUAACGGUUAUAUUUAAAGCCUUAAAGGACUAGCCACAGUGAGCGUUUAAAUCACAUGUUUCAACUGCACUAAGGUCUUCUUUAUUCGAAAAAAUGCCCUACAUUCUUUUGUGUAAUGUUUUUGAUUUUGUGAGUGGAAUUUAAUAGAAUUUACAGCUAAAUUAAAUAUUGACGUAAUAUUAGAGUAAAGCUUUGUCUAUGAUAAAGCUAGACACUUUAUAUUUUUUAUCUGUGAUCAGGACGAUUUCGUCCCUUAUCCGCAAAAAUUAAAGGACGAUCUUGGAACAGAUUGUUUCGCCUGUAAAUCUGAAACUGUAUAACGAGAGGCCCGACACGCUUCUGGUUUUAAGCAGGUGGCUUAAGCGCCACUUCCGUUUGGAAGACCACCUACCCUUUCUUAUCUUGCCCAGUUGAUGAGACUCGAUCGCGAGCUCCUUUAGAUUCCCGAUUUUAGGAAAGAAGCGGAAGGGACUAUAAAAAGGGAUCUGUACUUCGACCCCUAAGGGCCGCCCCGAAGUCGAGACAAAACCCGGGAUAAAUCCGUGGAAAUUGGAGUUAGCUGUUCGUUACCAAAGCAAGUUAGGGGUGCUAAUCAUCGGACGAGACCAAACCCCUUUACCUGGACCAGAAGAGAAAGAAAUCGAUUGGGUUCGCGGCCAAAUUCUGCAGUAAAAGAAAUAAGCAAUGAAUACCGAACAACGAACAGCGUGUGACUCCCUUUCCAAUUACCCCAAUCAGACUAUCAAGUAUUCGCUUUCUGCUUACAAUAGUUCUGCUUACAAUAGAUUUAUUGUUGUGCGUUUCAAGUGUGUCAUGUUGUUUUUACAUUAUACGGUUAGGCCUAAUAAAUUUUCCCCCUCUUUCAAAACUCCUAACUAGCAGUGCAUUUAGGUGGAGACGCUUGGUUUUUCGCAAAAUUUCCUAGCGAUUUUGCGCCAAAUAAAUCAUUUAAUUUUCGUUUAAGUUUUCGGUUUUUCCCCCGCGUGGGUGGUGAAAAGGCUACUUUUGUCGGCUCGCCAGUCCGAAAAACGCGAUUUUUUCGCCAGAAAGUGCGAAAAACACUUCGUUUGUCCAACAGGUAUAAUAAUCGCUAGAGAAUAUGGGUGGGCUUAUUACUUAAUAUUUUUAUCUGCGAUCGGGACGAUUUUGUCCCUUAUCCGCAUAAAUUAAAGGACGAUCUCGGGUCAGAUUGUUUUGCCUGUAGAUCUGAAACUGCCUUGUAAGAUUGAAUCGGUUUCAUCCAAACUUUUUCAGGGAUUAUUGUUAUUAUUGUUUGUGGUUCCCUGGCUUGUGUGUUGAAACCUAAUUGAUGGUAGAUCAGAUCCCGCAGCUUCGGCCGAUAAUUAGCCUUAUACUUAGUUUCGAAUUUUCUCUUUCCAGAAACUUGUUUUCCGAAACAAGCCCGUUUACAAAAUGGGACAAUUACGAUUGUCACCGCGUGGCAAAUGAUGAAAUUAAAAGAUGGCUAAGCACUAGAACCUCUACAAGCUAGAUAUAUAAUCGAUUUUCAAAAUUCGAUCAUGAAAUUUUUCUCAUACAUCCAUUGCAACCCUUGAUGGCCACAUUACGUCAAAAGUAUGACCAAAAAUGGCUAACUAUUAGCGUUUUCGUUUUUUUUGCAGUGUCAACCUAGUUAUCCACGAGUUUUGUCCUAACUGCUGUCAUUGUGUUCGUUUAUUAAUUCAUUAAAUUUGGUUGGUUUGGUUGUUCCAAACCUGUAAAAACAAAUCUUCUUGUGUGGGGGUUAUCUCAAACUUAUUUAGCUUAAAAUUUUAGUCAAUUUCACCCAUGUUGAUCACAAAAAAGUGAUGCAUUUUUCGAGAACAGGCCUUAUCUCACAUAUGCAUGAUAUCCUUUUUGUCUUCUAAACGAAAAUUAAAAUACAACUAAAAUUUUAACACAUCAUAAAGGAGGCAUUCCUCUAUCAGGAUUCAUCCAAAAGCUCCCCUUUAGUUUUUUUUCUUUAUUUUAAGAGACCUUCAGCCUUUGGCUAGUUCGUCUCUGCCCCUAUAGUCUUGUGAAACCUCGUUUAGUCUUUUGUAUAAAUUAGAAAAGAAUACACUGUGAAAUGUCAAAUUUUGAAAGGACGGCUUAAAUUGUUUUGAAGUUUGAAAAUAAUAUCACUUAACAAAUUUGACUUAAGAAUUUUCUUUUAAAAAUUCAAUUUUAAGUCGAGAUAAAUUAUACUGGAAUAAAAAAAAUUAAUUCUGUUUUUCAACAAUCUCGUGUUAGAUGCUAGCAAAUUUUACUUGGAAUUUAUGAACAAUGAAUCUCAUUGCAAAUAAACACUACUUGAGCAAAAACAGUUGAUAGUUUAGAUAACAAAGAUAGAAAGUGAAACAUGUAUAGAGAAAAAAAAACAAACAACAAAACCUAGCCAUACAAAAAUUAACCAAAAAAUUCUCAAUGUUGAAUACAGUAUCGUUUUCGGGGCCCAAAAGAAUUAGAUAAACAGAAUGAUGUUAAUAUUUUACAAGUUGUACUAUAAUUGUGAAUGAAACUUUGAUACCUUAACGAAUAGCCGAAUGGAUUGAUGAAAUCGAAUCGGAGUGUUUAGAAAAAUCAAGUUUAUACCGAUUGUGAUGGUUACAAAAUUACAUGAAUGUCGACAGGUUCUGUUCUUAUUUUUAUAUAUAGAUGUAUUUUACACGUUUUGAAGACAUUUUAUGGUCAGGUGUAUUUUUUCCCACUCAACAAACCCUUUAGCAUUCGAAUGAUACUCGUAAGCGUGAUUGUGAUUUCUUAAUCCUAAUUCGAAUUUAUUAGUCUGAAUUCUGAAUAUGCAUUUUUUAUCCUUAAUCUGAUUUUUUCUUGAAGACUAUUUCCCUCCCUAUAUCUAUCCACUUCCUUUGUGAUUUUCAAAUUACUCAUCUGUCUAAAAUCUCACCAAAGACCUCAAUUUAUUUGAAGCUAAAAAUUCAUUCAUUUCAAACAAGCUUUAUUCAAAAUGAUCGUAUGAUUUCUUAAUCUAAAUCUUCAUCUACUCUUCAACUUGGUAAUUUUAUAAAAUGAAAAAUUUGUUGUUCAACUUAAGCAUAAUGCACCUAUUUUUGAAUUUCUCUCAUCUUUGCAAUUUUCUGUAUGACGUGUUUACGAUGUAUCAUAAAACCUUUAUGUUCGGUCAAGUUACUAUAGCAGUAAGAGACUACAGCGCGAAGCAAACGUUAUAUUUCGAUCAGAUGUUCUAAACCAGUCCAGUGGUAAUUGUUAUCUAUUUAGAGAAAUUUAGAUGGCAUAUAAUUACUUAAAGUCAACGAUGAUAGAUAUAACUCAAAGAGAAACAAAAACCACUACCGUAAGUGUCUACCGUAGGCGUAAAAAUGGUUACAAACAACAAGAGAUUUUGUGUUAACAGUUUAUCACCGCUGGUUUAUGAUUUUAAUUUAAUGAUUAAUGGCAUUUCGGUGAAUUAUACAUUCUAAUAGGAAGAAUUUCAAAUGAAAGUAAUGAAAAUUAUAGACGGAUAGAUUAGAUUAGGAAGCAUGAAAGGUGUUGAAAAUGAGCCAAGAGCGUGAUUUGAGAAAACUUCUUGCCGCACAAGACCAUUUGUCCCACAUCGUAUUAUUGUCUGUUAACACAAAAUCAAUUGGCAAAGAAAAGGGGGGAAAUAUGGGGAAAUAAAAAUGCAGUUCACUAAUUGAUGUGCAUGGCUUAAGAAGUAGGGACGUUGACGGUUACUCAAAGUGCGCGAAACAAUAAAGUAGUAGCGUCGCCGUGCAAACAACGAACACCCGAAAACAGCUUACACAUCGAUCGAACCAGCUCUCGCAAUAGAAAACUUCAUCUGAGCCGGCCGUACAUUUCCUUUUGUCCGAUCGGGGUACGAAAAACACGUGCUUCGAUCCAUCCAUGUAUCAUUGUAUAGAUCAAUGCAAAGUCAGCCUAUCGACUUUGCUUCUUCUAGACAAUAAUACGAUGUGGGACAAAUGGUCUUGUGCGGCAAGAAGUUUUCUCAAAUCACGCUCUUGGCUCAUUUUCAACACCUUUCAUGCUUCCUAAUCUAAUCUAUCCGUCUAUAAUUUUCAUUACUUUCAUUUGAAAUUCUUCCUAUUAGAAUGUAUAAUUCACCGAAAUGCCAUUAAUCAUUAAAUUAAAAUCAAACAACAAGAGACGAAACAAAGAAUUAAUAUCAAAAAGAGAUCAUCUGUGACUCUCUGAGCUGUAGACGAAAUUUUUCAAACAUAUAAAGACAAAUAUCCGAAAGGAAGAAUUAGACUAGAGAGUGGACAUUCAAGAGCUGUUCUGUUUUAGUGUAAAACCAAACAAAUUGUUUUGUUGUGUGAUUCCCAAUCACUGACUAUACUGACAUGGCACUUAGGACAAAAUUCCUUCAAAUUUUUGGCUAGAAGCCACUUACCGUCGACAUUGCGCGGUAGUUAUUCGAGCUUGAACAAAAAGUCUUCUCCAACCUGUUCAGUCCGUUCGAGCCAAGGCUGAAGAACAGAAAAUUUUUUUAAAAAAAUCGCUCAAAUGUCAAAUUGGUCUGAUUAAAUCACCGACCAGUGAGUAGGUAUCAAAUUUUGUUUCUUGAAAAUGAUCAUUAUAAAAAAAAUGUUUAAGCCUUUGAGAACGUUUUUCAUUGUUCAGGUUUGCAAAUUUCAACACACUGAGCUUGCUUUAUACAUAAAACAAUAGUUUUGUUGAUUGUAUUUGGUUCCGCCAUAAAUUUUAAACGAUUUAAACUUUUUUCAAAAACUGCUCAGUUUUUUGUUGAAAAGUAAAAAAAAAGCAGCGAAAAUGAUACAGCAAAUUUCUAUUUGCAGCAGCGUUCUUAUAGUCUGAAUAGAACAAUGUUUAUCGAACGUCUGGCGUAAUUCUCCAACUAGGCUACAUUAUCGAUCGAAGCGCACUCUAGUAUCGAUAUUGCUCAUUGUUUUUCGAGCACCCAAAAAUCGAAAUCGAGUGUCUAGUCAGUGUAAUCAGUGCCUUUAUUGUUAAUUUCCAUAAAAAUGCUGGCUAUUGAAUUUGAGAAAGGUUUUCAGACAGUCAGUUACUAAUCCGUUUUCUUUCAUUACAUUUCACACCACGAUAUGACAUAUAAGAUAUGACAGAACAGAUCUCGAAUGUAAUCCAAUAAUUCGCGAAGCAAUAUGAAUGCGAGACAUUUGGCUCAUCUUUUCCUCUACUCGGGAUAAGUGAACUUAACAUAUUUGAUCAAAAGAGCAAAAUACGAAACUACUACAAUAUCUUAAACUGGUUAGCAAAAAAGUGCAUAUACAAUUCUAAUGUUGAACUUCCUGUUAUUCGAAAUCUAUAAACAAAACAAAAAAAACCAAAACGCAAAACUGUAGACCAUUGUUGUUUAGUUUUAGGUGUAAACUACUACGCGUACUAUUACUACUACUGUAUUAAAAGAUUGCUGUGAAUUGUGAAACAGAAAACUACAUAGUCAACCGUUAAGCAGGAAAUGCGCAGUUAAUGCAAUAGAUUUAAGCCGGGAUUUGAGACAUAGACAGAUCGCCACCAAGUGGACCACACAGUAAGCUGUCCGGGGAAUUGUUAACGAGGAUUGCACGUUAGAGUUUAGCUAAAAAGAGAUGGAAAAAACUACUUUGAACUUGAAUAGCGAUAGAUAAAACGACGAAGCAAAUAAAAGAAAAUAGUUUAUUUUUUAUGAAUGUAAAUCUGUCGAUCCAACAAUAUCUAGAUGUAGUCCUUCAUAUUGAAUAGAGCAAACAGAAAAUAGAAGCAAAAACUUUUUUCAAAAACAUGUUACAACUGAUGGAAGAUAACAAAGUUUGACCUAAAUUGAAAUACUUUCUCUCUUGGACAGAAAACGACAAAAAGUUAGUCUUGAUUAGAUUCACACGAUGAUAAGCGUUCUUGAUCAAAACCAAUAACAUACCGUAUUGUGAAUUGUGUCUGAAUAUCAAAACCAAGAAAACAAAGGUGAUCAAAAUAAACUGUAUUGAUUCAAGUGAAA